UUUCGGAUAUGCUUGUACUAGACGAUGGGGUGGACCUCUGAGCUCGGUAGGUGCUGAAAAUAUGUAUAGACUUCGAGACCCUACUACAGUACCUUCCGCUAUUUCUGAAGAUAUCGUUCGUGUCUUGGACUAAAAAAGACAUAAACGUCUUCUCAACUAAUGCACCGAAGACCUCGACCGGUGAUAAAGAACAAACAAAUGGUUUUAGAGACUUGUUAUCUUUAAAAGGCGUAUACCAAAAUGGAGAAGAGAAAUGUAGAUAGCUAACUGUCUAUAGUCAGUAGUAACGUUUGCUAACGUAGCUCCGUUACCUUCUAGCCAAUUAGCGAAAACUGUGAGAAGACCCAACUCCAAAGCUUUAUAUGGAGAUUUAAAAAGGUUACCCUGAAUCCAAUCUAUCCGAGGAAGACAUCAACGUUUUUGGCUUUACCGUUUACAGACGGACCCGGUGGUGUGGAUCUUUAACUACUGCAGAUAACUUCUACUCUGCUAAGGAUAGUGACUGGGAUCCAGGAUGUCUUGGGCUGAGCCUCCCCUCCCUGUCUGUAGUCAUCUGGAGGCCGCGCCAGACGUGUCUGAAUCCGGAGGAGCGUCGCCAGCCACGCUGCAGGGUUGUAAAGGCUGAGAACUCUCCUUUUUGGAAAACCUGUUGGAUUCAAAUAACCCUUUGUGGAUUGUCGUUUGUCUCGGACAAAGAGACACUCGGAGUCAGACGCUGACUCAGACAGUAGAGACAGAGAAACUAACACAGACCGACACGCUCUCUGUCACACAAAACGCACACCUCCGGAACAUCGCUACAGAGCGGCAGAGAAACGUUAUCUCGCACGCUCCCAAGACCAAGAGCCAGUCCCCAGGGGCCGCGGUGGGAAGGUCUGAGCCCCUGUUGGUGCACUCCACUGGGGAAAGGAAGUGAAGGAAUGGCCUUGGGAGUCCCGGGGGAACAGGAAUGUCUGGCCAGCUGCCUUUGUCAGUGAGACUGAGGCUUAUGUAACUAGCAACCCUCCUGGUCUUCCUAGGCUAGCUAACACAACUGUGCCUUGGGUUUUUGCUGAUGUGAGGGAGGAGCACCCGAUCAACCCCCCGCCAUUCGGGGAAAGCGAGGCCUUUUACUUUACCGGCCUCCAGCCUUCGUCUCUGAGCUCCGCCUCAUGUUGUUUUUUUCCUAAGGGUUUUUCGGGUUCGUUUCUUCUUUUCUGUGUGGAUUCCCACCCCCCCACCGUGGGUGUAGUUUGGGAUAUGUCCCCCCUAAAGGGCACCUCCAUGUUGCUGAGACGCCCGCGAUCUGACCCACGCGGUGUCAGUCCUCGCCGUCGCGCACCUGUAGUGGGUGGAGUCGACCGCUGACACGCCCCGUUCGUCACCGAUUGGCUCAGGGAUGCCCAGACCAGGACGAACAAAAUCAGAGCGUCCGCCUGUGAACACACUGACGUUUUCAAGACGAUUUUUGGCCUGAAGGGAAGCCAUUCAUUAAGGUUGCUAUCUGACUUCCAGAUCGGUUUGUUGGGCCGCCUUCUGUACCUCCUGUCGUGUAUUGAUUUUGGCUCUCCUUUUGACUUAGUUGAGAGACAAUCUGUCGGCCAUGGAGUCCACUUAAUUGCCACUCCCCCGCCUCUUUUCCUCGUUUCUGAUUUGCAAAUCGGCCACCUGUUUAUGCGCCCGGCCCAAGUUUAAGUGGUUUCCAAACUUCCUGUCAAAGCACACGAGACCCGCUUAAGAUAGACUCUUCGAAAUACCUAAAACCUCCUUCGCCUAUAACCUCGUAUUCCAGCGCUACCUCCACAUUGCUCCAUGUUCUUAGUACACCUCCCUAGACCCCGGUUGGGAUAAUCUAGAGGCCGAACCGGACGUAGAAGCUGGCUGACGGGACCAUCUGCCAUCAUCUUAGUCGGAGGGGAAACUUACUUGACCUGAAUGUCAUUGAACCGAGCUAGAGAAUUUUUGGGAAGUUUAAAGUUAUUGGUUUGGGAUUGGACACGGAAUGUACUGCAGGUUAACCAAAGCGAUCUGUUCCAUCGUCUGAAGUGAACAUUUUUAAGAUCCCAAAGUUUUAUUGUUUUCUAUUAUUGUGUAGGGAAAGACUACAGUUAUACGGCUUCACCAAAUCAUAUAUGCUUUUCUGAAAUUUAUUUUAUAUUUUUUAAAGGGAGGGCCCUUUUUUUAUUAUCUGUACCAAAACAGUCAAGCCAUAGCAUUGGAUCGUAGAACCUUCACAUUUUGUAAUAUAUUCCCCUCUUGCAUGUGCACAUUUUAUGGUAUUGCUUUAGAAAUUAUAUAUCAAAAUAUUUUUUGUUUACAUACACUGCAACCCUUUAAAGACUUGAGAACACUCCAGCGGGUCUAAAGUCACAGCCUUGAGAUUUCAACCCAAAAUUCACCUGAGGUUGUUGUUCUUGCUGUAUAUAAGCCAGUCAUUCAAGCAUAAAGCAGGGACACCUCAAUAUCGUCAGAGAACCUCUGUAAAUACUGGACCUCGUAAUCUUCCAGCCUGUUUACCUGUCUGUUCUCUGAGACAAAGGCAUUACAUUGGAGGAGCUUUAAGCCUCUUGGAGCUGUCCGAGGCCAUCUCGAUCAAAUACCCUCCUGUCUUAUUCUCCUCACACACCGAGGCCAGAGGUGAAAUUGGAUAGAUAUCCCCCUAAGCAAAGGGAUACUUGUUUAUUAAACAAGGUUUAGGUAGGACGUGUCUCUCUCUUCAUCCCCCCUCUCUCCAGUGAACAUGCAGAGACGUCGGUCUUCUCUGGUCCUGGUCCGCUUGAGAAGGGGCCUUCCCUGCCUCCCCCUCUAACCCCUACCCCCUCCCCCCAAAUCUCUCUCUGCCUUUCCCUUAAUCUCUUGCUCUCUAUCCGUAAUCCCUCCAUCCACCCACGCACCCUAAACAAAUCCCCCCCCAUUAUCCCCCCCCCUCGGGUGGGGUAAUUCCGCCCCUCCCCUGCACCCCGCCCCCCACACUAUGCCGGGCGGCAGUAACAGCGGGGGUGUGGGCGCCCCCCCCUCGCCGCCACAUGCCGCUGCCUCCGCCCCGUCCCGGCCGCUGCGCCCGUCCCGCUACGUGCCCGUCUCCGCGGCGACGGCCUUCCUGGUGGGGUCCACUACGCUCUUCUUCUGCUUCACUUGCCCGUGGCUGUCGGAGCAGUUCUCGGUGGCUGUACCCAUCUACAACGGCGUCAUCUUCAUGUUUGUGGUGGCCAACUUCUGCAUGGCCACCUUUAUGGACCCGGGAAUAUUCCCCAGAGCGGAGGAGGACGAGGACAAGGAGGAUGAUUUCCGCGCCCCGCUCUACAAGACGGUGGAGAUCCGUGGCAUCCAGGUCCGGAUGAAGUGGUGCUCCACCUGCCGCUUCUACCGACCGCCGCGCUGCUCCCACUGCUCCGUCUGUGACAACUGUGUGGAGGACUUUGACCAUCACUGCCCGUGGGUGAACAACUGCAUCGGCCGGAGGAACUACCGCUACUUCUUCCUGUUCCUGCUGUCCCUGACGGCCCACAUCAUGGGGGUGUUUGGCUUCGGCCUGCUCUUCAUCCUCUACCACACCCAGCAGCUGGAUCUGGUCCACUCCGCCGUCACCAUGGCUGUGAUGUGCGUGGCCGGGCUCUUCUUCAUCCCAGUCGCCGGACUGACCGGCUUCCACAUCGUACUGGUGGCCCGUGGCAGAACCACCAACGAACAGGUGACGGGGAAGUUCAGAGGAGGAGUGAACCCCUUCACCAACGGCUGUUGGAAGAACGUUUCUCAUGUGCUCUGCAGUUCCCAAGCGCCCAGGUACCUGGGCAGGAAGAAGCAGCUCCACAGUGUGACGGUCCAGCCGCCCUUCCUCCGGCCACACCUCACCGACGCCCAGCUGGCCGCCAAGGUCCUGGACAACGGCAUCCAGGGGGACCUGCACCGGUCUAAAAGUAGUCUGGAGAUGAUGGAGAGUCAGUCAUGUGACGCCGAGCCCCCCCCUCCCCCGAAACCAGAGCUGAGGUAUCCCGGCCUCUCCAGGGGCCCCCAGGGACCACACACCGAGGAGAGUACUCUUCUGAACAAAGCUCCGCCCACUCCCACGAUGUACAAGUACAGGCCGACCUAUAGCAGCCCAGGAAAGAACCACACCGCCCUCACCCACGCCUAUGCCAACCAGAUAAGUCGAGGAGACAGCCUAAAGGAGUCGUCCUCCCUGCUUCAGUCCAGCCAGCAGCCUGGCUUCCGCUCUGAGCCCAGCCUGGAUGGGAGAGAGGCCCCAGGGGAGAGGGGCGGAGCGGGACUGGGCGGGGACCGACCCGGAGGAGCGGGCUCAGUCGGCGGGGCACCAGGUUUGGGGGGAGGCGGCAUUCCCGGCUACUCAUUGGGAGGGCGCUCUUACCCUUCGUUCUCCGACCCCACGGUUCUGUCUCCUGGAGCGGGAGGGGCUUCCCGGUCGUCCAGCGUGCGUUCCGGCUCCGCCCACAACGCAGCGCCUGUUUCCGAGGCGACGACCUCCACGAGUUAUAAGAGCCUGGCCAACCAAACGCCGCCGCGCAACGGGAGCCUGUCCUACGACAGCCUGCUCACGCCCUCCGAGAGCCCCGACUUCGAGCCGGCCGCCCCGGACCUGUCCGCCCCGCGAGCCCCCGUCCUGGGCUACUCCUCGCCCUACCUGUCGGCCCAGCUCAGCCAGCAGCGGGACGUCGAGCUCCACCAGCCCUCCGCCUCCUCUGUCUCCCUGCUGUCGUCCCCGCACCGCGCCCACUACCUCCGCGCCUCCUCCUCCCCCCCGCCGCCGCCCCUCCCCGAGAGGGAGCGCCUCCUCCAGGACCCGCACCACUCUCAGCCCCCGCCCUCGUCCGCGGCCCCCCACCCCCCCCACCACCACCAUCACCACCAUCACCACCACCACCACCACGGUAGCGGCCAUUCCGGGUCCAGACCCCCGCGCUUCUCCCGCCCCCCGCUCCUGUCCGACUCGGCGGCCCCCCACCCCUACCCGUACCGCACCCGCUCCACGGACGCCCCCCCGGGCCCGUCCACACACCCGCCGCGCUCCCCCCACCCCCCGCCGCUGGGCAAGUCGCUGUCGUACUCGUCGGCGGCGGCGGCGGAGAUGCAGUACCGGAUGGUGCGCAAGGCGUCGGCUUCGGCCGGGGCGGGGGGAGGAGGCGGGGGAGGGUUGGGGGGCGGAGGAGGGGGGAUCCAGGCGCCAAAGGACGAGAUCCAGAUGAAGUCGUUCAGCCGGACGAACGGGCAGCCCAAGUCCUCCACCUCCUCCUCAGGCUCCACCCCCUCCUCUCCCUGCCACCCAAUGAACUUGUCCGCUCGCCCCGGACAGGCCUAUACCGGCCCUGGCAACACCCAGAGCCCCGCCCACAAGCCGGGGGGCGGGGUGAAGAAGGUGACUGGCGUCGGCGGGACAACUUACGAGAUUUCGGUCUGAGUUUGACGGACGGCCGGGUCUAGCCGUGGGUGAAAGUGGUUGGUUCUGAGCUGGGGGGUUGGAGAUGGACAGAUGAUUCCGCCUCUCAUACUCUUCAAAGAGAGGAAGGCUCAUGCUUUAAUAAAGAUGUUUUUAAAAGUGGAUUGUCAAGAGUAAAAGUACACUUCUUGUUUUUGUUGCUGGUCUUCCUCUGCUAUUGCAAUGGACUUCCUGUCUCGUUCAGACUUCAAGUCAUGGAACCACAGAACUCACAUGGAGGAAAUGGAUUUAACUAAUCACAAUCAAGAAGACAUUGCUUCAUUGUCAAGUGUUGGGCUCUGGGCAAUGCCAAAAGCAAAGCCAAUCGUAUGUCUUGAGGGGUGACAAUCGGCCAAUGGAUGAGCAAGAUGUACUCUGAAAGAUUUACUGACAGUUUUGAUUGGAUUUGCCUUCAUCAGAUAGAACAAGAAUAUCAACAUGUAAAGGAAAAAAGAAAAUGUAGAUUUCAUUCAUAAAUGUGUAAAUGAUUCAUUAUUUGUACAGAAUUAUAUGGUUCGGAAUUUAUGGUGAUUUUCUGCAAUUAGUGGCAUUUUAAGGGGACUAUUUGGCAUGCUCCAGCCACUGUUGACCACUGUUUGCUAUGGACCCGGCUGGCAUUGUAUGUUGACCAAUCAGAAAUGGAGAUGCUGAAACUAGUGAACAGGAGGGUCAGAGACAAGGGUUAGCUGGCCUGCUGGGUCGAUUCUUUAAAGAUGGAGCUGUUUUUCUAAACAAAACUUCAAGCAAUGGCCUUGAAAAUAAAGGAGACAAAUUGUUUUUUAUCUUACGUAUUUAAUUUCUAAAUGUUAUUUUAUAUGAAUGUGUAUAUAUAAAUACAACUGUUGUUAAGAGCAAGGUUUUUUUUUGUAUGUACUGAUGGGUUAUCUGGUUUUGAGUUUCAGAGUUGUAACCAAACAACAAAAAUCUUUUAACUAAUUUUGAUUAAUGGCUGCACCUGCCAAUCAGAUGCUGAGUUUCAGUCUUCAGCCAAAGAAAAGGGCUGUACAAUUAUAUGGGUCAGCUAAUGGGAACCAAUGAAUUUUGAAGUCCUUUGACGCUACAAUAACCACUUGAUUUCUUGUGAGGCAUAGUUCCAAAAAUAUCCUGUUGUGCUUUCUGAUUGUUUACUUUUGUGAUCUGGGUCUUAAAUGGCAUCCUAGUCAAGAUAUACUGCACUACUUUGGACCCAUAGGGAAUGACAGAGGUGUCUUGAUUGUAGGCCUGCACGAUUUGGAUAAAAUAUUGAAUUGCGAUUUUUGUGACAUUUUUUGAUUUUCAAACAUGGGUUUAGAUAAUCUCGCUUAAAAAUAGGUUAUAUAAAUCAUUGCCUACAUAAUGUACUAUUAAACUGAGUAAAAAAUAAUCAAAGUUAUUGGGGGGGGUAUGUUGACCAUUUGCGUUGGUUGACCAUUUGGAUAUUGUACAUAUUGCUGUCAAUUUAAAUUAGAUAAAUCGUGCAGGCCUACUUGAUCAAAACAGCAGUUUUAGUGUGUACAAUGCCAUUAAGAACAAUGCCAUUUCACUACUUUGAAGUAGUCAACUGGGUGACUUUUACUGUGGGUUAAGGAAGGAUCACACGUUUCUUUCUGGGUCAUGAGGGAUUCCAUCUUGGUCAUUAAUGAUUGACUCUAGGUGGCAUUAAAUCCGCAAACUUGGUCAAACCCAGAUCUGUGGACCGGUACAUCUCUCAUGGAAAAAGUCCUACUCAUUGCAGUUCCGCUUGAUCCAUUUAAUUGUGAUUAUGCAAGUAACCUCCUGUGUCCGUUAUUUAGCAGUUGGCACGUACAAAGUUCUCUCUGUUUUAGUCAUACACAUUUGUCGCCAGCUUUUGAAAGGUUAGUUACACAUUUAAAGCUAGGAAUGUCAGUAUUAUCUUCCCCACUAAGCCUACAAGCUGUUUAGGACACUUUAAAAAGGGACUGUUGCAAAAAUCACAAAUGAAAGCGGUGCAUGUCAUCUUUUUUUAUAUUAAAUAUGGUUGUCUUCGUCUGACGAAUUUCAAGAACUUCCCAGUUCUUUGCUAAUGAGUUGGCGUCUCUGACAUUCUAUCAUUUUACAUUGACUUUACACAAUGUUAAUAAAUGCUAAUUAUUGCAAUUGUUUGAGGCCCAACUUUUGAAAAUUAAAUUAAAUUGCUAGAGGGACCAUGUUAUUUACAAACUUAAAACAAUUAUGUUUGGGUAUUAGGUAUCAUAAAACAAUACUUGAUGUUAAAUAAAAGUGAAGUUUCUAAUGUUUUGGCCAGUCAGUCCCAAGAAGGCAUAAAAAUGGUUGAAAAAUAUUGUUCUAAGUAGUUGUAGCAUGAGUCUUUUCAGUUUGCAAACUUUUAUAAAAGAAAAUUUUAAAAAGAGAUUGCCUCAAUGGCACUAGCCAUGUGCUUGCUGGACACCAUGAUGGGACAUUAUGUGAAGAUAUCUCUAUCAGUCUUUGUUUUGACCAGUGGCCUAACGGGAAUCACGUGCCAUUUCGGAAACAACCAGUGUUUUAUUUUGUCAGUAUAUAGGCAUCUCUGGUUGCCUUCUACUAGCUAACCUGUCGGAAAACUAGGGAGGUCCUCUGCUUGGGUGCAACUAAUCCAGAGAGAGAAAUAGAUUUCUAUCAAUUGACUCCACGAUGAUGACUUGACCUGUGGGACGAACAGCUGGAUAACAAAUUCCAGUUAGCCUUGUAUUUAAUGUUUACGUUCGAUGCUCCUUGCAAGAUUUAAGGACAGUUUACAGGGCACUGUUUUUGACUGACAGUUUGUUCAGUCAGCAGCUAGAAUCAACUGAAAUGGGCUUGGACAAAAAAAAAAAAAAGUCUUCAAAUGAGAGGACAAAAAUGUUUAAAUGCCAUCAGGAUCAACCAAUGCCCCUGCAGAUAAAGUUUAGAUGACAAGGGACUUGGGUGUUUUCCAUUGAAAAAAA